AUGGGUCCGGUGAGGAAUUUCCUUGAACAUACUCCAUCUCCGGCUGAACUCUGGAAGCUUUAUGCAGAGUUGUUCAACAAGCAAACUGGGGGUGACCCUGACAACGAGGAGCUCGUCACCAACGCACUGGAGAUUCUAGCAGUCGCUCGGAGAGACCUCAGCAUACUGGAGUUGGCGUGGGCUAUGGCGUUGCGCGAUUCGUCCACAACAGUCUCGACCGUGGAAGGGCUCAAGGACUAUGUGGAUUCCGAGAGAGUCUUGAGCCUGCUACAACCGUUUCUAUUCCAGCUCGACUUUGAGGACGCCCAAAAGAGACAGGUAAGACUAGUGCAUGCGUCUUUGACGGAGCUAGUUCAGCUGGCUGCGCCAUCCGAUUGGAGUCAAUCUCAAAAUCCUGCCAAGGACUCGGACAUCAACAAGCGAAGCACUCAACAGCGAAUGCUUAGACUGGAAGCAGCUCUCUUAUGCACCUGCGUCAAAUACCUUCUUUUAGAUGAAAUUGAUCAGAUCGACCUACUGUCGGAAGAACAAGAAGGAAUUAUCACCUUCGAAGCGCUGCCCGGAUUCGGGGCGUGUGAUGAUUCAUUUGACCUUGCCCAGGAACCAGACUCCACUGGGGCAGGUCAAGGCCUUGACAACGAAGAAGACGCCAAAAACAUCUACUACGAUCCCGCAGAACGUGGAUUUGGUGAAUUUUACGUGUAUGCAUCUUGCUUCUGGGUCGGCCACUUCACGAUGAGCGAUCCGGAUCAUCUACCCGACAUGGUGGAUAUUGUCAAGCUCUGCAGCGCCAGCUCAGAACGGCGACUAAAGAAUUGGAUUAGACAGAAGUAUCGACCAGACUGCACCAUCACCCCGAAGUUUACGGAUAACUACCUCCACGAUCCUCUCACUGUUGUGUCAUUGCACGGGCCCGAAACGACGCUGAAAAGACUCCUGCAAGACGAUGCGAUCAGUCUCCGUGGCAACGAAUUCCUGAGUGGCACUGUUGAAGAAGCUACCCAGCGAAUUAUUUAUGAGGGUGACCUCUCUCGACUGAUAAUAUUCUUUCACGAUGCACGAGUCGGACCACAGAUUCGCCACAUCGGAACCUUUCUUCGAAUGAUGAUUCGCUGGGCGCAGCAGUCGGAGAAGCAAUUAAGGCCAUGGGCAAGCUGCUUCGACCUCGUAUUUAACAUCUGCGAUGAUGUGCUAGUGAAAGAAAAACAGGGCAACGAACUCUUAUGUCUUGCCGCGAGGUGUGGCUGCCUUCCAGUCGUCGAGAGACUCUUCGAAGCAGCAGCUCGCAACCCGGCCCUCAGGGACGAAAUCUUGCGAGAAGUACGAAGAGACGUUAGGCCACCGGACUAUCACCAGUCUGUUGGGGAAGCGGUCAGGUACGACAGUGUCGAUGUUCUUCGUUACCUGCUUGACCAAGAAGGCAUAGAGGGCCAUCUGCGGCAUCGCGACUCCAAAGGAUACAACGUCCUGCACUGGGCUGCGUUCUGCUGCAACCCAGAGGUGAUUUCUCUCUUGAUUUCAGUCUUCCCGGAGGGUGUGAACGAAAGCAAUGACGAUGGCACUCAACCGUUGCACCUAGUCGUCUUCAAUCGCCAUCCGCAACGGCUAGAGGCAGCAGUUAUCUUGUUGACGGAGGGGCAUGCGGACGUGGAGAAAGGCUCUAUGGAAGAGCCUGGUAGCUGGGACGAUCCGCUCCGGAUGGCAGCGAGGUACGGUGACUUGGAAAUGUGCCGCGUCUUGGUUGAAGUUGGUGGCGCUAACCCACGCCGCGUACUGAAAUUCGAAGACGGAAGCCCCGCAUUGAUGGACAGUACAGACUUCCCUCAGAUGGCUCCUCGGGUAUUGGAGGCCUUGUGCUCGCUUGCCGGCAUAGCGUCUUAG